AUGUUCCCGGUACAUAAGAAAGGGGACAAAUCAAACAUUGAUAACUACACGGGCAUUUCCACCCUUUGCGCCACUGCAAAGCUUUUCGAACUCGUAGUUCUGCCGCCUAUGUUAUUCCAUUGUAAGCAACAAAUUAGCAACGAUCAGCAUGGAUUCAUGCCCGGUCGCUCCACAACUACGAAUCUGCUCACUUUCACAUCGCAUAUCGCCGACGGCAUCACGGAAUGCCAGACUGAUGCUAUCUACACCGACUUGUCAGCUGCCUUCGACAAGUUGAAUCACGUAAUCGCAGUGGCCAAGUUGGAAUGCAUGGGAAUCUGCGGUAAUCUUCUGCAAUGGUUCCAGUCUUAUCUUACUGGCAGAACAGACUGCGUGAAGAUCGUAGAGCUUCUGUCCUCAUAUUUCGCUUCGCAUUCAGGAAUACCAUAG